AUGGCACUAAGAAACUUAUUGAUCGUAGCAAAUAUUGCUACUCUAUCUGUAGCCCAAACCACUAUCACAGUUAAUGUCGGCACCAAAUUCCAGCAGAUUGAUGGCUUUGGCUUUUCGCAGGCGUUUGGCCGUGCUAGUGAAUUUCAGAAUGCCAAUGCCAAUACUCAGAAACAAGCCUUGGACUAUCUUUUCAGCACCAGCACUGGCGCCGGUUUCAGCAUUAUACGGAACCGUAUCGGAUCUGGAGGCUCUGGCGAUAGCAUCGAACCAAAUAAUCCCGGCUCGCCGUCCGCGACACCAAACUACAUUUGGGACAACAACGACAGCGGCCAAUUGUGGUUCACGAGACAGGCAGUCUCGUAUGGCGUCAAAACCAUAUAUGCUGACGCAUGGGGUGCCCCUGGGUUCAUGAAAACAAGCGGCUCUGACUCGUCGCCUGGAUAUCUCUGCGGCAGUACUGGUCAUUCUUGUUCUUCCGGUGACUGGAGACAAGCAUAUGCCAACUUUCUUGUGCAAUAUGUCAAGUAUUACGCAGCAGCAGGCUACAACGUCACCCACUUGGGAUUCUUGAAUGAGCCGGAUUUCCAAACGUCGUACUCUCAGAUGCAGAUUAGUUCAAACGCUCAGGAAGCCAUCUCUUUCAUCCCUAUUCUCUCCAACACGGUGAAGGCAGCCGGCCUCAGCACCAAGCUUACCUGCUGCGAUGCAGUUGGAUGGACGACACAGAGCACCUAUACGACCAACUUGGUCAAUGCCGGCUCAACUCAGUAUCUUAGUGUGAUCACCUCCCAUUCGUACAGCGCAGAUGCUACUUCUCCAUUAAGUCAGACAUCUCUACCCAAAUGGAACACAGAGGGCGGUCCCAGCACGCCGUUCGUGACGACGUGGUAUGGGAGUGGCGGGACCAACGAGGGCUUCACAUGGGCCAACAAACUCGCUGUUGCAAUGGUCAACGCACAGCUCUCAGCCUAUUUGUUCUGGGAGGGCUUCGAGAUUCAACAAUCCCAGUCAGGCAGCCAUUUGAUCGAUGCACUUGACAGACAGACGGCUACCCCAUCGGGUAUCUUCUGGGCUUUUGCCAUGUGGUCGAGAUAUAUCCGCCCGGGAGCCUUUAGAGUAGCAACAUCAGGAUCCAUAUCCAGCGUUAUCAUCGGCGCCUUCCAGAACACCGAUGGUUCCGUCGUUGUUGUAUUCACAAACAGCGGAUCAUCUACGCAGUCAGCGAGAGUGGCAUUCACGGGGUUUUCUCCCCGUUCCGCAGCCGCAUAUGUCACGGACAACAGCCACACAUUUGCAUCCACAUCUUCGGGACUUUCUGGUAGUACCAUUACAGUAUCUGUACCCAGUAGGGGAGUUGUCACAGUGAAAUUGACUUGA